UAUCAGUUCUCUGAGAUCAGAGCAAUCCUCUCUCUAUAUCUCGCACACACAAAAAUAUAAAAUAAAAUAAAAUAAUCUCGUUGCAGAAAAUGACUACCUACCUAAUCACCGGCUGCUCCCGCGGCCGCGGCCUCGGCCUCGCCAUGCUGAAACAUCUAUCAUCCAAACCCUCUGAGCAAGUCGGGACUAUCAUCGCUACGGCACGCCAACAGACUCCCGCAUUAAAAAAAGUCGUCGAUGGUUCUGCCGGCCGGAUUGUCUUUGUUGCGCUCGAUAUCACAGACGUAACCAGCACCAAGAAAGCCGCCGCCGAGGCCGAGCAUAUCUUGCACGGCAAAGGGCUGGAUGUACUUGUCAAUAAUGCCGCAAUCCAUAGCUAUAGCCCCAACGGUAUCCAGGAAAUGGACGACCUUGAUAACGUACUCCAUGUAAACAUCGGGGGAACGCAUAAUGUCACACGCGCUUUUAUUCCGCUCCUGGAAAAGGGAAAGCAGAAGAAGAUUAUCAACAUCUCAAGCACAGUUGGAUCGUUCGGCAUGGCGGAGCGAUACGCGCCCCUUCCAUACCACGGCUACAAGAUAUCCAAAACGGGUCUGAACAUGUUGACGUAUCAAUACGCACACUCCUUUGCGGAGAAGGGGUUCACGGUCGUGGCCAUCUCUCCUGGUUGGUUGAAAACCGACCUAGGCGGUUCCAUUGCGGACCUGCCGCCAGAAACUGGUGCCGAAGCGACGCUCAAUAUCGUUUUCAGGGUCCAGAAAGAGGACAAUGGGAAAUUCUACAAUAUUCAUGUGCCUGGGUGGGAAAAUCACGAAGGCAUUAAUGCAUACGCGGGGGAGAUUGUUCCAUGGUGAAAAAGGACCGUGGGGAAAUAAUGUCAAGAUAUCAAUCUCAGCUGGUCGAUUUGAGACUAGUCACUAGAUGAUCAAGUUGAUUAGAAAUUCUUUGAGAUUAGAUAAAGGUAGAAUAA